CCCACACAGCCACAGCCACCAUAUUCCAUUUCCAUUCUCCGCGACUCCUCUCUCCCUUCCCUGCAGUGCGGAAUCGGUCGAGCUGCCGAGGCCUCGGCGACGAUGGCCAUUCGCGGCGAACACCCGAGGAUCGUCGACGGCGACGAGCCCCGGAUCCCGGUGUUCACCGUCCUCAAGAACGGCGCCGUCCUCAAGAACAUCUUCGUCGUCAACAUGCCCCCUCCUCCGCCGCCGCCGCCGCCGCCGGAGGAGGGCCUCGCCGGUCCGGAACCGGCCGGGCAUCGCGCGGAUGCGGAGGUCGCGGGCCGGGAGGGCCGAGACGAGGUGCUGAUCGUCGGUCGGCACCCCGACUGCCACAUCAUGUUGACUCACCCCAGCGUCAGCAGGUUUCACCUCCAGAUUCAUUCGGAUCCGUCGCGGCGGGCGCUCUCCGUCGUCGACUUGUCUUCAGUGCAUGGGACUUGGGUUUCCGAGAAGAAGAUCGAGCCUGGAGUUGUUGUGGAGCUGAGCGAGGGCGAUACGUUGCGUGUUGGCGGGUCGAGCAGAGUGUACAGACUGCACUGGGUACCUCUGAGCCGUGCAUAUGAUUUUGAGAACCCGUUCGUUUUGGCGUUGGAUGCAUCGGGUGCUGAUGAAGAGAAAGAGGAGGAAGACUUGAUGAUUGAUGAAGGAGAAGUAGAAGAGGAACGUGAGGAUGACUAUUCUUUGGAGAUUGGAUGCGAAGACGAUGACGACUUGAAAAGCUCAUUUGUCCUGGAAGAUGAGGAGCACAUGUAUCAGGACUCCUUCCAUGAUGAGAAUAAGGGGAUACACUCACCCGAAUCAUUGUCGAAAGGCGUUGAAGCUCUAGCUCUCGACGAUUGUGAAGACAUUCCUGUGAAGAACCAGAGUCCAUCACAAUUACCAAUUCCUGAGAAUCUAUAUGCUUCAACUUAUGGUGAAAAAGAAACUGAUACAGGAUUAGGUUCAAAAGCGGCCGACGAUUUUUUCAUGGCUGCCGAGUUUCUCGAAACUGAGCCUAUGAAUACUUCUUCGCCUUUUAGAAUUUUAUUUGACAAAGACAACCAGAAGUUCAAUGAAGAAAAAUGGAGUGCAGAAGUUGGCAUUGCCACUGAAUUUGUGUCUGCAGACGAAGGAAGCAUAAGGUCAGGGCAUGAUGAUCUGGAGAACCGUUUAGUAGCUGAAGCUUUUGAAGAAAGCAAGUGCACCCUAUCAAUUGACAGUGAAGUAGGAGACAGCUUAAGCCAUGCUUCUGCUCCUUAUCCCCAUUCAUCCUGUCCAGAGAUUUUUUCAGAAAUGGAAAAUCAACAGUUAGGGCAAGAGGAUCAUGCAGAACAACCUUUUAAUAAAUCGGGAUCACUUUCUUCUGAAGGAAAGAGUAGGACCCUCAGGAAAGAGCGGAAAUCCUCCACAGCCAUGUUGAUAGAUGAUGCAGGACCUAGAAAAGGCUGCAGUUCUGCAGUUGAAAUUCCUGAAGAAAGCCAAAAUCAAAUCAUACAUAUAGACAACCAAGAAGGUGGGGAUACUUUGAGCCAUCACUUUGCGAAGUCUGUAGUGGAUGCAAUAAUGUCAUCUGAGUCUGAUAGGGAAAUCCUAUUGGAGACCACUGAUCAGCAUCUUAAUAAUGAGAACCAGAUGCCACAAUAUGGAUCUGUUACUGAGGGACUGUCUGAAAGUGGUCAAGAAAGCACCCCUUUAAGACAGUAUUGCACAAAAUCAAAAUGCUCGAGCAUCUGGUCAAGAAGAGGGAAGCCUAGUACUGUACUGCAGCUUCAGACAAACAGAAGAAAAGGAAUUACUAAAAGUGCUGCUACUGCUUCUAGAAACAAGCAACACAACCAGGAAAAUAACGAAAACCAAUUGAGUGGGGUUCCAUUUUUCGGUCUAGAUGGGGAGGAGGAAGAGAUAUUUACCCCAGACAAGGAGAACUUAACACCAGCCCGGCUACUUAAAUCUUUGAAGAAGAUAAGCAAGAUGGAAGUAGCAGAGGCUAGACCCUCAGAUUCAUGUAAAAGAUCCUCUUCAAAGCUUUCUUCUAUCACCAAUACCUGCAAUGAGGAGGAUGUUUUCUGCUCCGAUAAAGAGAAUCAGACCCCUGAGGUUCUCAGAGAGCAGAAAAUGGCCAGACCUGCCGCUGCAAGUUCUUCAAGACUAAGAAGAGAGUUGGGCUUGAAGCAGGGAGCAGAAAGGUCGGCGUUUAAAUCCUUGAAUGUUGGGUCCAGAGGUCAAUCAACAGCAUCUGGAGGUGCAACGAAAAGUGGUCUUCCUGUUGAUGGUGUUCGAGCAAUGGGAAGGAAAGUCUCUGGUUUGUCUGCUAACAAAUCUUAUGGUGAGCCGAACAAGAAUUGGAUCAUGGUUGUUGAUACUACCUCUAUUCUCAACAAGGAGUCGAGGAAGUCAUUGCAGCUUCUGCAGGGUCUGAAAGGGACUCAGUUAGUCAUUCCACGAAUUGUCAUAAGAGAGCUGGACUGUCUGAAGCGACGCACUAGCCUGUUCAGAAGAACGACUGAGGUCUCUUCAGCUUUAGAGUGGAUAGAGGGUGCUAUGGUUAAUUUGAAAUGGUGGAUUCACGUGCAGAGGUCCAUAGAGGGAGGAAUGUCAAUUGCGCCAACACCUCCUGCUACUCCUCAUUGUAUAUUUGGCGAUGCAAGUGAGACUUUUAAUGCUGCUACACCCGGGGGGAGUGUAAUGGAUAUCAUUUCGCCAACCACAGAAGACCACAUCCUUGAAUCUGCACUCUUCUAUAGGAAAACCAACCCCAAUGGACAGCUCGUCCUCCUUAGCAACGAUAUCUCGCUUAAAAUUAAAGCCAUGGCAGAGGGUUUACUAUGUGAGACUGCUCAAGAAUUCCGUGAGAGUUUGGUGAAUCCCUUCUCUGAUAGGUUCUUGUGGGCAGAUAGCUCUCCUAGAGGACAGACUUGGUCGUGCUUGGACGAUAUCGUUCUGAAAGAGAAGUACUAUUCACGCCCGUCAAAGAAAUCCGCACGAGGAGAAGGUCUGAGUGGGCUGAAGCUCAUUCUUCUGCACAAUUCUCAGUACGGGCAGCAAAUCCGCUCGGUUGGUUGAGCAUCACUAUCGUUUUUUUGAAAUCUCCACACUUUGCAUUGCCGUGGAUGCAUAAUGUGCCUUUUCAAAACUUACGAGCUAAAAAAGAAUUUCACAUGAUCUUGUCGGCGCAUUGUCAUCAUAAACCAUUUAUCUUCCAUGUCUGUGUCUCAAGACGACUCUUCUGCUGUGAAAGAACUGUGAAGCCGUUUGCCGCAAUGCAAGUGCCUUGGCUGGCCAUUUUUUAGUAUCCGAAUCGACCUCAAGCACUCUAUUUGGCAACUAGAAGGAGAAAAUGAGCAAACUUUAGAGCUAAUUGCUACCUAGCGCUUCUAGAACAUCGAUGAGAACCCGGAUGGGUGUUGACGAGCUCAAUGUCAUUAUCCAGCAGACUAUUAUUUCAUAGCAACCGUGCAAACGAAAAUGCCUAUACACCCUGUGGGUUAUGCUAUUUUCGUGAAAAAAAAGGCCAGUAAUUUGCAAAUCUA